AUGGCAGAGGAGGUUGAUGUGAGGAAGCUUGAUAUGAAUGAGAGACAACAGAUCGUUGACAAGAUCUACAAGGUUUCUGAAGAAGAUAACGAGAAGUAUUUGAUCAAGUUCAGAAAUAGACUUGAAAAGUCAGCUAAUGCAUAUGUGGAGGCACAUGCUCCUUUUCCUUACAGCGAACCAUUUUUCGGUGGUUCAUUAGUUGCUUAUGGACCGCAGGCUGUUGGCUGCUGUGGAGGGAUGCAUAUUCUUGAUCUUGUCACUAGAGUGUGGGUUAGUCCUGAAUGCAAAGGGACACCUCCUUCGCCCCGGGAGAGCCACACGGUCGUGCUCGUUGGCGGCUAUAGACUAGUGAUCUUUGGUGGUAGUGGGGAAGGCAGAGCAAACUAUUUGAAUGAUUUGCACAUUCUUGAACUAGGAACCAUGAGAUGGACUUCCCCUGAGUUGAAAGGUGAAUUUCCUGUCCUUAGGGACAAUCAUAGUACCAUUGCCAUUGGGAACAAGCUUAUUGUAUAUGGUGGAGAUUCAGGUUAUCAGUACCAUGGAAACAUUGAUAUUCUUGAUAUGGAAACAAUGACUUGGUCUAAAUUGAGAAUUCAAGGUUCUUCACCAGGAGUCUGGGCAGGUCAUGCUGCAGUAAACAUUGGAACCAAGGUCUAUAUCAUUAGAGGGGUUGGAGAAAAACGUUACUAUAAUGAUAUUUGGAUCUUUGAUAUAUGCACUUGUUCAUGGACUCAACUCUAUAUAACUGGUCAACUACAUGGACUCAGCACUUAUAUCACUACAUGGUAUGCUCCUCCCAACCCCCAUAGUAAUAGACACACUGCUACUUCUUCUGUGCAAAUAAUAGAUUGCCAUUUAGAUAUGAAAUCUUUCCUGUUCUUGGCUGUAUUGCUGUAUGAGGUUAACAAAAUCUCAGGAUCAGUGCUUUCAGUUCAAACAAGCGACUCCAGAAGUAAAAAGUAUAGUGGGAGAGCUCUCUGCAGACACGGCAUAGUUGCCUUCAGGGUUGAUACUAGGCUCCGGAAAGGAGGACCUAUAUCAGCAGGCCUUCUGGAAGCUAUUGAAGGAUCACAGAUUACUGAUAACUUGGAACAAAGAUUUUACAAGAAUUUACGUAAUGAAAACUUGGCAUUAAUGGCCAGUAAUAAUCCAUACAUAGUUGUGCUUGUUUAUUCCAAUCUUCGUAUGAGAAAUGGCAACAACGGGGUGACAUUUGAGUGUGAGGAUCCGAUAUUGUUUCGCACUCAGCGUGUGGAGACGUUGUCGAAUUUGAAGAGUUUGAUAUUGAGCAAGCUCGGUGGUACACAAACGAGGAAAAUCGAAAGGGUGACGUAUAGGUUGCUGGCACCCAUGGGUAACGAAAUCUUCCGAUUUUGA